CCUUAGCAACGCGAUUUCGGGCUGUAAAUAGACGUUGGGUAGAGGCGGCUUACGCUAAGCUGAGCGAGGAUGUGCGUACUCGUAAACUGGAUUCUUUGACUUGCAUGCUACUGGUUGCUAUUUUAUUUUUCACGUCUUUGGAACACGCUACUACUUUCAGUAAUGCCAGGAUUCCAGCAGAUUUAGUGCUCCGGUUCAGGGUGAUCAGGGAGGUUGGGCGGUGAAGGGGACUGCAGUUGCUUUGAGGGGAGAGUUGAGCAGAAAAGGACCAGUUGCCUACAGACAAUCCAUUGAAAGAACAGAUCUGGUGGUGAUAGUUUUCAAGCUCCACCACAACUGUCAAGCAUCCUCCUGUGAUUUGAAUUUGGUUCGGAAUUGCCAGUUCACAUGUGGGUUGGCUUUCCCGAGGUCAUACCUGGACCUCUUAUAGCUUCCUAAGUUGCCAGUCCUGAAUGCCACUGAUCUAUCCCUCAGCAAAUUGCGGAUCCCUUUGUUCAUUCAGGGCUUCUGAUGGGAAAUACGCUGAAUAGAUUUGAAGGGACACGUUCAUCUGGCAUUUGAUGCAUUUGAGCAUUUUAUCAGCGAUGAAGUGUUUUGAGAGUUUAGUGACGAAACAUAUCAACUCCUGCCUGAGAAACAACUUGGAUCUGCUCCAGUUUGCCUACUGGCACAACAGAUCCACAGCAGAUGCCAUUUAAUUGACUCUUUACUCAACCCUGGAACAUCUGGACAGUGAAGAUGCAUACAUCAGGAUGCUCUACAAGAACUACAGGUCAUCUGGAGUCAAGAUCAUGGGUCUUUUUGACAAACUAGCUGGCUGGCUUGGUUUAAAGAAGAAGGAGGUUCAUGUGUUGUGUCUAGGGCUGGAUAAUAGUGGAAAAACAACUAUUAUUAAUUACUUGAAGCCUUCAAAUGCUCAAGUACAAGACAUUGUUCCAACCAUUGGAUUCAGCAUAGAGAAUUUCAAGACCUCAGGCCUAUCUUUUACAGUGUUUGAUAUGUCUGGCCAGGGAAGAUACCGGAACUUAUGGGAACACUAUUAUAAGGAAGGCCAGGCCAUCAUUUUUGUUAUUGAUAGCAGUGACAAGUUAAGGAUGGUGGUUGCGAAAGAAGAACUUGACACACUUCUAAAUCAUCCAGACAUUAAACACAGACGAAUACCAAUUUUGUUUUUUGCAAAUAAGAUGGACCUCAGAGAUGCUUUGUCAUCUGUUAAGGUUUCUCAGAUGUUGCGUUUAGAAAAUAUCAAAGAUAAGGCAUGGCAUAUUUGUGCUAGUGAUGCGUUAAAAGGAGAAGGACUACAGGAAGGUGUUGAUUGGCUCCAAGAUCAAAUCAAAGCAAUGAAGACGUGAAAAAUCAAUCUUACACAAAGACUUCUGGUACGACAUGAAGCAGAAUGUGACUCGACAUAACUCAAGAAUUGAAUUUGUCCUGGAUGCAUCUUAGCAUGUUGUGGAUUAAACUUUACUCUGUCUUUAAAAUGUAUUCUUAAGAGAGAAAGAAUAAUGUACAUAGUCAAAGUAAUAAUGUGUACUAUUUUUACAUAUUGUAGAUUUUGCUAAGGACUAUACUAAGAAAUUAAACAAUAGGUCUGAAAAGAGUACUUUUUGCUCAAGCACUAACAAAUGAAAACCCUCUGAGAAAUUUACUUUUAAUAUUUCUGGAUUAAUCAGAAGUGCCAUGUAUAAAGUGUAUUUAUUAGCUUGCUCUAACCCAGUCACUAAGAUGGAGUAGCCUCAUGCAAUCACAAGCUGCUUUCUGCCAAACAAUAAGGAUCAUAUCAUCAGACCUAUCUGUGUUUUGCCUGCAUCCUUGGCAACCACUUUACAGCCCACUCUCAGGUUAGUCUGGAACUUGUUUACCAGUGAGCUAAUGAGCUUUGAAAAGGCGAACAAAAAGUGUGAUUAAUCUAGGACUGGUGUGACUGAGUAGUCGAUGGUCAGCAUAGACUUGGUGAGCAUGUGGGGCCUGGUGUUUGUUACUUUCUUGUCCCUUUGAGAAGGGAAUCAAUUUAAAGCUCUUUUUGCAGUUAAUUUAUCCAAAACAUCAAAAUACUAGAAUAAAAAUUCUAUUGGAUUUGCCAUGACCUUUGACUAGAAAUGUUCUGUAAGAUAUUUAUACUCCACGCCUGAUCUUUUCUCUGAAUGUAUAGUUCCAUAGAGGAUGGUGGAGACAAUAGGAAUAUUGCUGAUCUCUUGAGUCUAUUUUUUUAGGUCACUCAAACUAAACGCACCUUUGUGAUUCACAUUGCAACUCCACGAAUCUUUAAAGAGUUUAUUAAAUAUAUUUAGGGAAAUAGGAAAUCAGAUCUAGUGAAGAGCUAUGCUUCUAGUUGACCUGAGCCAAUCCUGCAAACAAAAAAUAAACUAAAGCAAGUUGCGUGGUGGUAAUUAAACUUUGUUUUAAUCAUCAGAUGUGACUUUUGAAAGAGUGAAGUGUAUGGCACUGUAUAUGGCCCAUUUAUAAAUGGGGGUGGUUAAGAAAGCUGUUUUGAUCAUUGAUUCAAUAGUUAGAGGUGCAAGCAAGGGAUUUUGCAGCCAUGGAUGUGUUUCCAGGAUUGUUUGUUACUUUAUUAGUACCAGAUUUUAGAUAUCAGGCGUACUGUAGAAUAUACUGAACAGCAAAGAUAAAAUGACGGAAAUGCAACUGGUUACAUGAGCUGAAACAGAGAUGAAGUCCUGCAGGCAGAUUAUCAGGAGCCAGCAAAAAACCAAAAUCCUCAAGUGCAUGUGUGUGUGUUUCUAUGAUUGGAACAGGCUACGUCAUAACUAGUGCCAGUACAGGGAAGUUUGUGUGUGUCAUUGGGCAAGAUUUUAGCUACUUUAUUUUGUAGCUGUAAAUAAAGCAUAACUGUAAAGCCCUCUUGGCAGUUUCACAAUUCUGGUUAGGGUUUUUCAAAUGGAUAGAGUGGUUAAUGAAACACUAAGCUGUGAAGACUGGAAAAAGCUUAUCUAACAAACAGGACUCAUUGUACUGGGUGUGAACUGUAGAUAUCCAAACAGUUAAAAUAAAGUUAAUU